GAAAGAAGCUCAACACGUAUUCCAGCGCUCACUAACAGUUGCAUAAUUUUCCAUCCAAUGCAGCAACCAACUUCUUUCUUCUAGCAACAUGUAUUUCUUUUGUUUGGGACCAAGGGCAUGCUUCAAAAUCCGGCCAACUAUCGUAGAAGCUACAGUCUUACCGGCUAAUUUGUGCUACUAAUGCUCCUUUCAAUCCCUUUUUGCUUGCUGGAUCUUGGCAUAAGAAUAAUUUAGCCAACAGGUAUUCUACAAAAAUAGAGUAUGUAACAAACAGCAGUGUCCCGUAUCCAAACUGGCACAACAAUCAUCAAACAAACAACAGUUUAUAUACACAUGCAAAAGAAGAAGAAAAAUCAUACAUACUGGUCAAUAUUUAUUUGCUUAGGUGCCAUCAUCAAGCCUUCUACUUGUUGCAACUUGACUACAAGUUCCACAUAAUGGGAACUUAUAAAUAUAGAGCUAGCAUAGUGGUAGCACCUAGCAGGUGAAGAAGAGAAAUCUUCAUUCCAUAUGCAACAGGAAAACAGCUCACCACAAACCACUAGUUACUCGCUCAUUCUCCUUCAGCAAGGUUGGUUCUUAAUUGGUCAUACUAAAAUAGUAACCCCUGUCCUAUUUUUGAUUAAAAUAACCCCUGUCAUUAGCUAGCCAGAAAUAAGUUCUGCAUUUUGAUGAUUGUGGGCUUGUGGCUAGGGGCUACUCCAUAGAUCUGAUCCUUCGAUGUUUCUCCAAACAGGACCCUUAUAAAACUCAGAUUCAAAGUAGGGGAGGCAGAGGCCUGCUUAAAUAUAUCAAUGCCCGUGCCAUUAAGUAAGUUGCAAAGCUCAAUCAGUAUAAACUUCAAAAAAAAAAAAAACUCAACACGUAUUCCAAAGCUCAUGGCGCAGACAGCUGCCUUGACGGCACCUUUUGAUGAUUGUGGGCUUGUGGCUUGGGGGUGCUCCAUAGAUCUGAUUCUUCGAUGUUUCUCCAAACAGGACCUUAUAAAAUUCAGGCUAAAAUAACCCCUGUCAUUAGCUUCGUGUUGGGCCUGCUAAAUAUAUCAAUGCCCGUGCCAUUAAGUAAGUUGCAAAGCUCAAUCAGUAUAAACCUCAAAUAAAAAAGAAGCUCAACACGUAUUCCAGCGCUCACUAACAGUUGCAUAAUUUUCCAUCCAAUGCAGCAACCAACUUCUUUCUUCUAGCAACAUUUAUUUCUUUUGUUUGGGACCAAGGGCAUGCUUCAAAAUCCGGCCAACUAUCGUAGAAGCUAUAGUCUUACCAGCUAAUUUGUGCUACUAAUGCUCCUUGCAAUCCAGUUUAAACAUAUAAAACUAUAGGGUUUCAGCGAAAUUGCAAAACAAAAUUUUGGUCAGGUUUGGAGUAGUACCUAGUCGAGUGCACGCCACAUAUACAGCAGGAUCAAUUGACUUUGAUGCCAACGGUACAGUGCGGUUGCAGUCAGGAGUCAGCCAACUAGUGGAGUAGUUGGUGACUCCCAUCACAGAUGGGCACAAAAUAUUGUAUAGUUGUAUGAUACAAUAUUGUAUAUUGUAUGAUUGAACAAGCAUCCACGGGGACUUUGACAAGUUAUGGACAUAUAUACCUCUGGUACAUAACUAAAUACUAACACCCAGCUAGACAACUCAAUCAUUCAUUCACCAUGCGUCGCACAAUCAAUCUCUUGCUCGCUCUCAUCAGCAUAAGCAUCUUUUCGUUCUUCACAAAUGAUGCACUACAACCCCAGCAUCCGCAUGCCCAUGGGGGUGGCUGCAUCCCGGCCGAGAGGGCUGCCUUGCUCUCCUUCAAAAAGGGCAUUACAAGCGACAGCGCCAACCUCCUCAUCUCAUGGGACGGCCAAGAUUGCUGCCGGUGGAGAGGCAUCGGUUGCAACAAUCGAACUGGCCAUGUCGUCAAGCUUCACCUUCGCAGUACAAUUGUGGAGGACAACCCCUGGGGCUACUAUGAUCCAUGUGAACAUGACAAUUCUUUGUUCGGCGAGAUAAGUCCCUCUCUACUUUCCUUGAAGCAUUUAGAGCACCUGGACCUUAGCAUGAACUGUUUACCAGGGCCAAAUAGCAAAAUUCUUAAUUUAAUGGGCUCCAUGACGAACUUGAGAUACCUUGACCUCUCUGGUAUACCAUUUGCCGGUAGAGUGCCUUCUCAGCUAGGAAAUCUGUCUAAGUUGCAGUAUCUUGACCUUGCCCAAACUGGUAAUUCUAUGAUGUACUCAAUGGACAUCACCUGGCUGGCGAAGCUACCUUUCCUGCAGUUCCUUAGCAUGAACGGAGUCCAGCUCUCAGGGAUAGCUGACUGGCCUCAUACCCUCAAUAUGAUUCCACCUUUGAGGGUUAUUCAUCUUUCUUCCUGUUCACUUGAUAGUGCAAACCAAUCACUUCUGCACCUUAAUCUCACAAAACUUGAGAAGCUUGACCUGUCCUCAAAUGAUUUUGAGCACUCACUCACAUAUGGUUGGUUUUGGAAAGCGACAACCUUGAAGUACCUCGAUCUUGGGGAUAACAGGUUAUUCGGCCAGCUCCCUGACACACUAGGAAACAUGACGUACCUUCAAGUCCUUGAUAUUUCACGCAAUGAGAACACGAACAUGAUGAUGACAGGAUACUAUAAGAAUCUUUGCAGUUUGGAAAUCCUCGACCUCUCUGUUAAUGGCAUAAAUGGCGACAUAGCAGUGCUUAUGAAGAGUUUGCCACAAUGCACCUGGAAAAAAUUGCAGGAGCUGGAUCUUAGUAUCAACAAUUUCACUGGAACUCUGCCAGACUUUAUUAGUGAGUUCACUAGGUUGAGCAUACUAUACCUCUAUUCAAACAGCCUUGUUGGAACUAUACCACCACAGAUUGGGAAUAUGACAGUUCUAACCUCCCUUGCACUCUAUAACAAUCAGCUCACGGGAAGUAUACCAGCCAAUCUUGGGAAAUUGAUGUAUAUGACUGAACUUCUCCUCUCAAGCAAUCUUCUCAGUGGAACUGUACCCACUGAAAUAGGUUCUCUUAUUAAUCUGAAUUCUCUGGCCCUAAGGGAAAAUAACUUCACUGGAGUGAUCACGGAAGAACACUUCAUAAAUCUAACAAGUUUAAGGGCAAUAGACAUCUCUUCCAAUAAUUUGAAGAUUGUACUGAGUUCUGAUUGGCGUCCUCCCGUUACUCUGAAGUAUGCAUCAUUUGGAUCUUGCCAGAUGGGUCCUCUGUUUCCACCUUGGCUUCAGCAGCUGAAAACCACUGGGCUUGACAUUUCAAGCAACGGUUUGAAGGGCGAGUUUCCUGAUUGGUUUUGGUCUGCAUUUUCACAUGCCACAUCACUGGAUAUCUCUAACAACCAAAUAAGUGGCAGCUUGCCAGCAGAUCUGGAUCGCAUGGCUUUUAAGAAACUCAUUCUCAAUUCAAACCGGUUUACUGGCCCAAUACCUGCAUUGCCAAAUAAUAUCACAUGGUUAGACAUCUCCAACAAUAAAUUUUCAGGAACAAUACCAUCAAACCUUGGAGCCUCACUACUUGAAGUAUUGUCUGUGCAUUCAAAUCAAAUUGGUGGGUAUAUUCCAGAGUCUAUUUGCAAACUUGAAUGGUUGGUGUAUCUGGAUUUGUCGAACAAUAUUUUGGAGGGUGAAAUUCCCCAAUGUUUUGAAAUCCCCAACAUACAAUUUUUUAUACUCAGCAAUAACAGUUUAUCAGGAAAAAUGCCAGCAUUUUUGCAGAACAACACAGGUCUGAAGUUCUUGGAUCUGUCAUGGAAUAAGUUCUCUGGAAGAUUACCUGCAUGGAUAGGAAAGCUGAUGAAUUUACAUUUUCUCAUACUGAGCCACAAUAAUUUUUCUGAUAAUAUUCCAGUUGACAUAAUAGAGCUUGGGUAUCUUCGAUACUUAGAUCUAUCAGGCAACAGCUUCUCUGGUGCAAUACCUCAGCAUCUGUUGAACCUAACAUUUAUGAGAACAUUACAACAGGAAUCCGUUGGUAUGGAUGGUUCUGUUGAAUCUCAUGGAACCACAAAAUUACGCACUAGCAGCAUACUGAAUGUUGAACAGCUAGGACAUAUAUUGUCAGUACAGACAAAAGGGCAGCAACUUAUAUACUUAUUUGGCAGAACACUUGCAUAUUUUGUGAGCAUUGAUUUAUCAUGCAACUCCCUGACUGGUGAAAUUCCUACAUACAUCACUUCGCUUGCUGCACUAAUGAAUAUGAACUUAUCAUCAAACCAAUUGAGUGGAGAAAUUCCAAGCAUGAUUGGCACCAUGCAGUCACUGGUAUCUCUUGACCUCUCUCAGAACAAGCUUUCUGGUGAAAUCCCAUCGAGCUUGUCAAAUCUGACAUCUCUGGCCGCCCUGAACCUGUCCUACAACAGUUUGUCUGGAAGGAUACCCUCUGGCCGCCAACUUGACACCCUCAAUUCCGAGAACCCGUCACUUAUGUACAUUGGCAACAAUGGACUUUGUGGGCCUCCUGUCCACAAGAAUUGUUCAGGAAAUGAUCCUUUCAUCCAGGGAGAUGUCGCCAACAGCAACCAAAAAUUUGAUCCACUGACGUUUUACUUUGGUCUUGUGCUUGGAUUUGUGGUGGGACUCUGGAUGGUGUUUUGUGCACUGCUGUUCAAGAAGACAUGGAGAAUUGCUUACUUCCGGCUCUUUGACAAGGUGUACGAUCAAGUCUAUGUCUUUGUGGUCGUGAAGUGGGCAAGCUUUGCAGAGAACACAGCCGUAGAAUAAGCGUUUUCUCCGAAGGAGGCAGUGUCUGUGCUGCAAUCCAUUGAAGAAGAGCUCUUGACUAUUAACCAGGGUGUGGAUGAUCUGCAGCAGCAAAUGUUAAUAUCGUGUGUCUUGUUUUACCUCUAAAUAAAGAUGAAGAUUUUAGCGACUCAAAAAAAAAAGAUGAAGAUGUUUAGCUCUUCUGAUAUAUUUAUAACUUUACUAUUGUUAAAUUAUUGUGGUAAAUGUAAGACUUUAAUAUUAUUUUGUUAUUCUGAUACAUUGGGAUGUUUUUUUUCGAAAAGGGGGUUCACCCCGGCCUCUGCAUCAGAACGAUGCAUACGGCCCUUGAUACAUUGGGAUGUAAUCAUGAGG